AUGCGACUCUCCGCUAUCGAGAAAGUCACCAUCUCCAUUGGCAAAUUCGUGCUGCUGUUUGACUAUGGUCAGCUGUUGCAACAGUGUACGAGCCUCAGAGAGCUGCAUUUGGAACUCGUCGCCCAGUAUGAGUCGGGCGGGUGGCAGGACUGUGCUGUUCACGAAGAAACGGUGGUCCUACAGCUUCGCAUAGAGCAAAUCCAGUUCCAGGCCGAACGACGGGCGUUGAGGGCUGCUUUGCGAAUGUUGCCUCCUUGUAUCAGCAGGAUACCGGUCCACUUCAAGGGCUGUAACUGCGAUGGCAGCCGUCAUCGGCAUGACGAGCGACGCACAGACAUACGUCUUGGUCUUGAGAGCAAGGUUUUCGAGCUCGUAAACGACGAGCUGACAGAAGCGCGGGCUCGCUUGCCCUCAGAAGCGGCGGGCGACGCUCAAGCUAUUAAAGAUGCGGUCGGUCGUCUGGAGCGCAAGCCCCAGCCGGAAUGGAAACCUAGAAGGUGGGACUUCAACAGACCUUGA